ACUUAUUACAAAUUAUUAUUUGAUUUUUAUGCGCAUAAAGAACGGCAGUAGAAUUGGGACAUAAUUGUGAAAGCUAUAUUUAUUUUAAAAAAAACGUUUUUAUUUCAUAUGGUUAUAGUUGUAAGUAAGUUUUAAAAAGCAGAUUACUAAAGGAAUAUAUUAAUGACAUAUGAGCUUUCUACGUGCAUUCUAAAAAUGAUCUUAUUGUACAUCGUGAUUUUGUCGUCUGUUACCAUUCCAACAGUUAAAAGUCAAGGGGAUGCAGUAUGUGACUGUCAGGAAGUUGGAAUAUUAAAGGUUUUAGUACAAAAAGUGCUGUUUGAACAACAAAUGGAGUCUGCUAGAGUUAGUAGAUUAGAAGCGAGAAUAAAGACAUACGAGACAACUGGGCCAAUUCCAAAUGAUCGUCUGGCAAUGUUAGAAAAAAACGUAAACGAUAUCAAUAUGAAAUUUAAUAAAACAAUAACUGAGACAAAGGAAAAACAGAUAGGAUUACAGAAGGUGCUGAUCUCAGAGAAAAAAGAAAGAAACAAAUUAGUUUCAAGCAUGAAUAAAAUAGUAAAUGAAUACAAGGACACCAUUGAAACUUUCAAAGAAGCGAUGAACAAUACCAUCGACAAACGUUUCCAAGACAUAACUGCUGAACAAGUGAAAUAUAAGGACACCAUUGAAACAUUCAAAGUUGCGAUUAACAAAACCAUCCACAAACGUUUCCAAGACAUAACUGCUGAACAAGUGAAAUAUAAGGACACCAUUGAAACAUUCAAAGUUGCGAUUAACAAAACCAUCGACAAACGUUUCCAAGACAUAACUGCUGAACAAGUGGAAUAUAAGGACACCAUUGAAACGUUCAAAGUUGCGAUUGACAAAACCAUCGACAACCGUUUCCAAGACAUAACUGCUGAACAAGUGAAAUAUAAGGACACCAUUGAAACGUUCAAAGUUGCGAUUAACAAGACCAUCCACAAACGUUUCCAGGACAUAACUACUGAACAAUUGGUAUAUAAGGACACGGUUGAAACGUUCAAAGUUGCGAUUAACAAUACUAUAGACGAACGUUUCGAAGAUAUUACUGCCAUGCAAAUCAAGUACUGGGAAGAAAUUUCAUUAGAUCUUAUCACACUAAACGAGACGAGAUAUAUGGUAGAUACACUAGGUAAAAUAGUGGAAGGAGGCCAAGUUCGAUUAGUUAACGGCUCGAAUCAGUAUGAAGGGAGACUAGAAGUAUGGCGUGAUUGGUCUUGGAGAACAGUAUGCGAUGAUGGGUUUGAUACGCUAUCAGCAAGUGUUGUUUGUAGGAUGCUCAAUUUUCAACAUACUAAUCCUGUGGUAUUCAAGUCUUCUUACUUCGGCGCUGGAGCAUUUCCGUUACAUUUAGACAAAGUGAAAUGUUCGGAAACAGACACAAGAAUAUCUCAGUGUAUGCAUUCGGGUUGGGGAAAACAUAAUUGCAGUCACGACAGCGGUGUUGGCAUAUCAUGUACACCAGUUCGAUUGGUGAAUGGAUCAAAUCAGUAUGAAGGGAGACUGGAAGUAUGGCAUAAUGGGGCUUGGGGAACAGUAUGCGAUGAUGCGUUUAGUGAGAAGUCAGCAACUGUUGUUUGUAAGAUGCUGAAUUACCCACACUCUAACCCUAUGGUGUUAAGGUCCGCACACUUUGGCCCUGGAGCAUCACUAGUACGUUUACACGGUGUUUACUGUAAUGGAACUGAAACAAGCAUAACGCAAUGCCCGCAUAGAGAGUGGGGAAUAACUGAUUGUGAUCACCAUAAAGAUGUUGGCAUAUCAUGUACACCAGUUCGAUUGGUGAAUGGCUCACAUCCAUAUGAAGGGAGACUGGAAGUAUUGCAUGAUGGGUCUUGGGGUACAGUAUGCGAUGAUGACUUUACAGCGCAGUCUGCAACAGUUGUUUGCAAGAUGUUAAAUUAUCCACAUACUAAUCCUUUGGUAUUUAUGUCCGCAUAUUUCGGCGCCGGAAAAUUGCCAAUACACUUUGACGAUGUUGAGUGUUCGGGCACUGAGAUAAGCUUACUGCAAUGUUCACAUACAAGUUGGGGAUCAAAUAAUUGCAGUCAUAGUGAAGAUGUCGGCAUAUCAUGUACACAAGUGCGAUUGGUAAAUGGGUUUAACCAAUAUGAAGGGAGACUAGAAGUAUGGCAUGAGGAGUCUUGGGGAACAGUAUGCGAUGAUGAGUUUGGUACGCUGUCGGCAAGUGUUGUUUGUAAGAUGUUGGAAUAUCAACAUACUAAUCCCCUGGUAUUUGGGUCCGCAAAAUUCGGCGCUGGAAUAUUACCGAUGCAUUUGGACGAUGUUAAGUGUACGGGAACUGAAAUAAGCUUAUCUCAAUGUCCACAUAGAGAAUGGGGAUCUAAUAAUUGUGGUCAUGGUGAAGAUGUCGGCAUAUCAUGUACUCCUGUUCGGUUGGUUAACGGGUCAAGUCAAUAUGAAGGGAGACUUGAAGUUUGGCAUGAUGGGUCUUGGGGAACUGUAUGCGAUAAUGAGUUUGAUACACUGUCCGCAAGUGUUGUUUGUAAGAUGUUGAAUUAUCCACCAAAUAAUGCUCUGGUAGUCGGGUCUGCACACUUUGGCGCUGGCACAUUGUCAAUUCAUUUAGACGAUGUCAAAUGUACAGGAAAUGAAAACACCUUAUCUCAAUGUACGCAUAGGGGUUGGGGAACACAUAGUUGUAGUCACAACGACGUUGUUGGCAUAUCAUGUCCACCAGAUGUCCGAUUGGUGAACGGGUCAAAUCAAUUUGAAGGGAGACUAGAAGUUUGGCAUAAUAAGCGAUGGGGAACAGUCUGCCAUGAUCAUUUUGAUGAGCGCGAUGCAACUGUUGUUUGUAGGAUCCUGAAUUAUCCACAGACUAAACCCCAGGCAUUCCGGUCCGCACACUUCGGCGCUGGAUCAUUGCCGAUACAUUUAGAUGAUGUUCAAUGUAAGGGAACUGAAACAAGCUUAAUUCAAUGUCUGCAUAGAACUUGGGGAGAACAUAAUUGUGUUCAUGGUGACGAUGUUGGCAUAUCAUGUACACCAGUUCGGUUGGUUAACGGAUCAAGUCAAUAUGAAGGGAGACUUGAAGUUUGGCAUGAUGGGUCUUGGGGAACUGUUUGCGAUAAUGGGUUUGAUACACUGUCAGCAAGUGUUGUUUGUAAGAUGCUGGAUUAUCCACCAAAUAAUGCUCUGGUAUUCGGGUCUGCAUACUUUGGCGCUGGCACAUUGUCAAUUCAUUUAGAGUAUGUCAAAUGUACAGGAAAUGAAAACACCUUAUCUCAAUGUACGCAUAGCGGAAGGGGAAUACAUAAUUGUAGUCAAAACGACGUUGUUGGUAUAUCAUGUCCACCAGAUGUUCGAUUGGUGAACGGGUCAAAUCAAUUUGAAGGGAGACUAGAAGUUUGGCAUAAUAAGCGGUGGGGAACAGUCUGCCAUGAUGAUUUUGAUGAGCGUGAUGCAACUGUUGUUUGUAGGAUCCUGAAUUAUCCACAGACUAAUCCUCUGGUAUUCCCGUCCGCAAACUUCGGUACGGGAACAUUACCGAUACAUUUAGAUGAUGUUGGUUGUAAGGGGACUGAAACAAGCUUAAUUCAAUGUCCCCAUAGAAUUUGGGGAGAACAUAAUUGUGCUCAUAGUGACGAUGUUGGAAUAUUAUGUCAACCAGUUCGAUUGGUGAAUGGCUCAAAUCCAUCUGAAGGAAGACUGGAAGUAUGGCAUGAUGGAUAUUGGGGAACAGUGUGCGAUGAUGACUUUACAACGCUGUCUGCAACUGUUGUUUGCAAGAUGUUAAAUUAUCUACAUACAGAUCCUUUGGUUAUAAUGUCCGCAUACUUCGGCGCCGGAAAACUGCCAAUACACGAUGUUAAUUGUACAGGAACUGAGAUGAGCUUACCGCAAUGUCCACCUAGAAGUUCGGGAUCAAAUAUUUGUAGUCAUAGAGAAGAUGUCGGCAUAUCAUGUACAAAAGUUCGACUGGUUAACGGAUCAAGUCAAUAUGAAGGGAGACUGGAAGUAUGGCAUGAUGGGUCGUGGGGAACAGUGUGCGAUCAUGAGUUUACAGCACUGUCAGCUCGUGUUGUUUGUAAGAUGCUGAAUUAUGAAGUUUCUGUUCCUGUGGUAUAUGGGUCCGCACACUUUGGCGCCGGAACACUACUAAUACAUUUGGACGAUGUAAAUUGUACAGGCUCUGAAUUAAGCAUAUUUGAUUGUCCGCAUAGUGAUUGGGGAUCAAAUAAUUGUGGUCAUGGUGAAGAUGUCGGCAUAUAUUGUGCUCCAGUUCGAUUGGUUGACGGGUUAAGUCAAUACGAAGGUAGACUGGAAGUAUGGCAUGAAAACACUUGGGGGACAGUUUGUGAUGAUAAUUUUGGAACGCAAUCAGCAAAGGUGGUUUGUAAGAUGCUAAAUUAUCCAUAUACUAGCCCUGUGGUACACUACGAAGCACACUUUGGCAGGGGAACAGGACCAAUAUUUUUAGAUGAGGUUCAGUGUAUAGGAAGUGAAACAAGCUUAUUUCAAUGUUCGCAUGAUGGUUGGAGAAUACAUGAUUGUGACCACGGUGAAGAUGUUGGCAUAUCGUGUAAAUAAGGGUUAUGGAGUUAUAUUUUUCCGGGCGAGACUGAAAGAUAUUAAGCGGGUAUAAUUUCAUACUCCACGUUUUAUCUUCAAUUUAUACUUUGCUUUAUUAUACAAACAUGUAUAGCCAAUAUUAGUUCGCCCCAUAAUUUUCACAGGUGUAUAACUGUAUGUCAUCAAACAUUCAAACAAUAUGUAUGCAUUUAUAUCAUUUUUUGUUUUUGAAGCACUUGAUGAAAACUUUUACUUUCAUCCAAUAGGUCCUACAAUGUAAUGUGCCCUUAAUAUCAUACGAUAAAUGUAUGCAACGUAAAAUGUUUAAUAGACAUAAAACAGUCAAAUGAUUUGUGUUUCGUGACAUGAUUGUUGUUAACUACCAAAUGAAUACAUACAAAUAGAUGUUACUAAAUUGUUUAAGACACAUAUAACAAGCAUUGAGUCGAAUCAAAUUUUCAUUCCGAUAUUUAAUAUAGAAUAAUAUUUACAUAAAUAAUUUAUUGCAAGAAUAAUGCUUAUUGUUCACAAAAAAAUAACGCAUGAAAAAAUAAAAUUGUGAAGUUUUGAGAUUUCUUCUUGUCAACAUGCUCAUAAGUAAGCUAAAGAAGUCGAGAACCAUCAUAUUUAGUCAUAUCUUGUCAAUAAUUUCCUGUUAAUCAUGUUACUUACAUUUUAGCUCACCUGUCACAAAAUGACAUGGUUAGCAUUUGUGAUUACUUUUCGUCCGGCGUCCGUCCGUAAACUUUAACUGUAAACGACAUCCUCUCAUAAACCACUAAGUCAAUGUCAUCCAAACUUUACAGAAAAGUUCCUUGGGUGGUCAUCUUUGAAAAUUGUUUAAACAAAUGGAAUUCCAUGCAGAACUCUGGUUGCCAUGGCAACGGAAAGAAAAACACUUAAAAUCUUCUUUAAAAGCUCCAAAGUGCUAGAGCUUAGAUAUUAGCAUGCAACAUCUGCAAAUAGGUCUCUACCAAGUUUGUUCAAAUAAAAGCCCUGGGGUCAAAAUUGGCCCUGCCCCAGGGGGGUAAUUUAUUUAUGUUAUAUGUAUAUAGAAAAAUAAUCUUCGUUUCUACUAUAUAGACUUUAACUUAGAUAUUUGGUAUGAAACAUUGUCUCGUGGACAUCUUAAAAAAUUGUUCAAAUUAUAGUCCUCGGGUAAAAAUUGCACCGCCCCGUGGAACAUUGAUUUACAUUAUAUGUAUAUAGUAAAAAAAAUAAACAUAAAUAUCUUAAUCUACAAGAGCUGAAGCUUAGUUUCCAUAGCAACUUUAGUCCAUAGUGACUUUUUAGCAGCCAUUGACGUUUCAUAGCAAACUAUAAAUAUUCAUAGCAACCAGCAAACAUUAACUUUCCAUACAACACGUGAAUCUACCAUUGAAUUUCAUCGCAGGGAAACCAUUUAUUUUGCGUAGCAAACAGUGACAUCUUAUGGAACUGUUGUUUUCACUUAGCAAUAGCAACCAGUAACGUUAAACUCUGUAAUAUCAAUUUAAGAUUUAGAUUUUAUAUCUGCUUUUAUUUAUAGUUUACAAUAUUACUUGUUCCUUGUCGUGGAGAGCAUACAUAUUCAGGUGAGCGAUAUUAGGGCUAUCAUGGCCCUCUUGUUUCUUUUAUUUUAUAUAAUUUGUGUAUAUUAGUUAAAUUAACAUUAGGAAACUUCAAUUUUCAUUAUUGCUAAGCUCGGUCCCUUGUUUACAAAGAAAUUCUAAGGGUCAGGAAAAAAAUAUUACUGAUUUUAUAAG